CCCGAGCAGCCCCCGGCGGUGGCGGUGGCCGAGCAGCAGCCCCCUCCGCGGGGUUACCUGCCCGGCCCAGGUGGGGCGGUGCGGAGCGGAGGAGGCUGUUUUGGAGCGCGCCGCCGCUUCUGAUGGAUGUUUUGUGUGCGUUUGCCUCCGCUCCCGGGUUCUCUUUCAUCUGAGGACGCGUCUGGCUCGAGCUCUGUUAAACUAUCUGCCUUCUGGUACCGGCCGUAGAUAACAGAAAGAAACCUGAGCCCGAAAGGCAAUUCCCCACCUUCUUCCACCUAACGUGACCUUCUCGGGCGCCUUUGAAGGUUUGCUGGUGCUCCGGCGAUGAUGGCAGUGGUGGGUUCCCUUGGGCUGUACUAAGAGCCUCUUGUUUUCUUUUCCCUUUCUUAGAGGCAUUUCAUCUUUAAGGGGCCGGCUGCUCGCGCACACUUUUAUACCCACUGAAGCUAUCAAGAAACCAUGUUGUGUGGUGGAAGAAGUGCGUUUCUUUGCCUUGGAAUGAUCUUGAGCGUUUGGAGCUCCGUGACUUGGAUGCCUGUUGGAGGAUGCCCGCAUAAAUGUACAUGUAUUGCUUCCAACGUGGAUUGUCACGGACUGGGACUCAGAACUGUACCGAGGGAUAUUCCCAGGAACGCGGAGAGACUUGAUCUAGAAAAAAAUAACAUCACGAGAAUCACGAAGACGGACUUUGCGGGGCUGAAGAACCUCCGUGUCUUGCACUUGGAAGAGAAUCAGAUUAGUGUGAUAGAACGUGGAGCUUUUCAGGAUCUGAAACAACUUGAGCGACUGCGUCUGAACAAGAAUAAAUUGCAAGUCCUUCCAGAGCUGCUUUUUCAGAACACCCAGAAGUUAACUAGACUGGACCUGAGUGAAAACCAGAUAAAAGGAAUCCCUAGAAAAGCCUUUCGAGGAAUCAUCGAUGUGAAGAACUUGCAACUGGACAACAACCAGAUCAGCUGCAUCGAAGAUGGAGCCUUCCGAGCCCUGCGCGACCUGGAGAUCCUUACCCUCAACAACAACAACAUCACCCGCAUUCCUGUUACCAGUUUCAAUCACAUGCCAAAGAUCAGGACUCUGCGGCUCCACUCCAACUUCCUGCACUGUGACUGUCACCUGGCCUGGCUGUCGGACUGGCUGCGGCAGCGCCGCACCAUCGGCCAGUUCACCUUCUGCCUGGCCCCCGUCAGCCUCAGGGGCUUCCUGGUGGCAGAGGUGCAGAAGAAGGACUUUGUCUGCUCUGGUUCCCAGUCUGAACCUCCCUCGUGCAGUGCCAGUUCCAUCACCUGCCCAUCUGCCUGCACCUGCAGCAACAAUGUAGUGGAUUGUCGAGGAAGGGGCUUAACAGAAAUCCCAGCUAACCUGCCAGAGGACAUUUGGGAAAUACGUUUGGAACAAAACCUCAUCAAAAUCAUUCCCCCUGGAGCUUUCACCCAGUACAAGAAGCUUAAGAGAAUAGACAUCAGCAAGAACCAAAUAACUGACAUUGCGCCUGAUGCAUUCAAAGGCUUGAAAUCUCUCAUUUCAUUAGUGCUCUAUGGAAACAAGAUCACGGAGAUUCCCCAGGGCCUUUUUGAUGAUCUUGUGUCUCUGCAGCUGCUGCUUCUCAAUGCCAAUAAGAUCAACUGCCUGAGGGUGAACACGUUCCAAGGUCUGCAUAAUCUCAAACUGCUAUCUCUUUAUGACAACAAACUGCAGACCAUCAGCAAGGGGCUCUUUGCACCUCUGCGAUCGAUCCAGACUCUACAUUUAGCUCAGAACCCAUUUGUGUGCGACUGCCAUCUGAAGUGGCUGGCUGAUUACCUGCAGGAUAAUCCGAUCGAGACGAGCGGCGCUCGGUGCAGCAAUCCCCGUCGCCUUGCCAACAAACGCAUCAGCCAGAUCAAGAGCAAGAAGUUCCGCUGCUCAGGGUCGGAGGAUUACAGGAGUAAAUUCACCGGGAAGUGUUUCAUGGACCUCGUGUGUCCCGAGAAGUGUCGCUGUGAGGGGACAAUCGUGGACUGCUCCAACCAGAAACUCACCCGGCUGCCCAGCCACCUCCCCGAGUACACCACUGAUCUGCGCCUGAAUGACAAUGACAUUGCUGUUCUGGAAGCCGUUGGACUCUUCAAGAAACUGCCCAACCUCAGGAAAAUAAAUCUGAGCAACAAUAAGAUCAAGGAGAUCCGAGAAGGCACGUUUGACGGAGCUUCAGGAGUGCAGGAACUGAUUCUGACAGAGAACCAGCUGGAAUCAGUGCAUGGACGGAUGUUCAGAGGCCUCACAGGCCUCAAGACCUUGAUGCUGAGGAGCAACUCUAUCAGCUGUAUAAACAACGACACCUUUGCUGGCCUGAGCUCAGUGAGGCUCCUUUCUCUGUAUGACAAUCACAUCAGCACUAUCACCCCUGGAGCCUUCAGCACUUUAGUCUCCUUGUCUACAAUUAAUUUGCUGGCUAAUUCCUUUAACUGUAACUGCCAUUUGGCCUGGCUGGGAAAAUGGUUGAGGAAGAAGAGAAUUGUCAGUGGAAAUCCACGCUGCUUGAAACCCUUUUUCUUAAAGGAUAUUCCAAUCCAAGAUGUAGAUGUCCAGGACUUCACCUGUGAUGGUAAUGAUGAGAGCAGCUGCUUGCUUUCACCUCCUUGUCCUUCCCAGUGUACCUGCGUGGACUCCGUGGUUCGCUGCAGCAACAAAGGGCUGCGGAUGUUGCCCAAAGGAAUUCCCAAGGACGUGACUGAGCUGUACUUGGAAGGAAAUCAUCUGCCUGCUGUGCCGAAGGGGCUCUCUGCCUUCAGACACCUGACACUGAUGACACUCCAUGGAAACGAUAUUUCCAGUGUUCCUGAAGGUUCCUUCAAUGACCUAGUAUCCCUGUCCCAUCUGGCCCUGGGCACCAACCCCCUGCACUGCGACUGCCACCUGCGCUGGCUCUCGGAGUGGGUGAAGGCCGGCUACAAGGAGCCCGGCAUCGCCCGCUGCAGCGGCCCCGAGGCCAUGGUGGACAGGCUGCUGCUCACCACCCCCACCCACCACUUCCAGUGCAAAGAGCCAGCAGAUCUCGGUGUUGUUUCCAAGUGCAACCCCUGCCUCUCCAGUCCGUGUAAGAACAACGGGACGUGCAGCAGUGACCCAGUGGAGCUCUAUCAGUGCACUUGCCCUUUUGGUUUCAAGGGUCGAGACUGCAGUGUGCCCAUCAAUUCUUGCAUUCAAAACCCGUGUCAGAAUGGAGGGACCUGCCACCUCACCGAGGCAAAUAAAGAUGGAUUCAGCUGCUCCUGUCUUCUUGGGUAUGAGGGGGAGAGGUGUGAAAUAAACCCAGAUGACUGCGAAGAUAAUGACUGCGAGAAUAACUCUACGUGUGUGGAUGGGAUCAACAACUAUGUUUGUCUCUGCCCUCCUAAUUACACAGGUGAGCUGUGUGAUGAGGUGAUCAACCACUGUGUUCCUGACCUAAACCCCUGCCAACACGAAUCCAAAUGUGUUCCCCUUGACAAAGGAACCAGAUGCGAGUGCUUGCCGGGCUACAGCGGCAAGCACUGCGAAGUCGACGAUGACGACUGCGUGGGCCACAAGUGCCGCCACGGAGCUGUGUGUGUGGAUGCUGUCAAUGGCUACACCUGUGUCUGUCCCCAGGGCUUCAGUGGACUUUUCUGCGAAACUCCCCCGCCCAUGGUCCUGCUGCAGACGAGCCCCUGUGACAACUACGAGUGCCAGAACGGGGCUCAGUGCAUCGUCGCCCACCACGAGCCCGUGUGCCGCUGCCUCGCCGGCUUCGCGGGCCAGAGGUGCGAGAAGCUCAUCACCGUCAACUUCGUGGGGAAGGACUCCUACGUGGAGCUGCCAUCAGCCAAAAUCCGCCCUCAGGCGAACAUCUCCCUCCAGGUAGCCACGGACAAGGACAAUGGCAUCUUAUUAUACAAAGGGGACAAUGAUCCUUUGGCUCUGGAGUUGUACCAAGGACACGUGAGGCUCAUCUACGACACACUGAAUUCCCCACCUACCACAGUAUACAGUGUGGAAACAGUAAAUGAUGGGCAGUUUCACAGUGUGGAACUCGUGAUGCUGAAUCAAACUCUGAACCUGGUGGUGGACAAGGGGGCUCCCAAGAGUCUGGGAAAACUCCAGAAACAGUCCUCUGUCAGCCUCAACACACCCCUCUACAUUGGAGGGAUCCCCACCUCUACUGGAUUAUCUCCGCUGCGCCAGGGUGCAGAUAAGACACCAAACGGUUUCCAUGGAUGCAUCCACGAUGUCCGCAUCAACAACGAGCUGCAGGACUUCAAGGAUUUGCCACAGCAGUCACUGGGAGUCCUUCCUGGCUGCAAGUCCUGUAACAUCUGCAAGCAUGGUAUCUGCCGGUCCCUGGAGAAAACGAGCGUGAUUUGUGAAUGCCACCCGGGCUGGAUGGGCCCCCUGUGUGACCAGGAAAUUGGAGACCCAUGUCUCAACCACAAGUGUCUGCAUGGUAAGUGCGUGGCAGCCAACGUUGCUUACACCUGUAAGUGCAUGGAGGGCUACACGGGCAUGUACUGUGACAAGAAGAACAACUCCUCAAAUCCCUGCAGGACUUUGAAAUGCAACCACGGGCAGUGUAAAGUUUCAGAGCACGGGGAGCCCUUCUGCGAAUGCGACCCCAACUACAGCGGAGAGCUCUGUGACAGAGAGAAUCUCUGCCAAGGAGACACCAUUCGAGAAGUAGUCAGGAAGCAGCAGGGCUACACGUCGUGUGCCACUGCCACCAAAGUGCCCCGCCUGGAGUGCCGUGGCAGCUGUGGGAGCGGGCAGUGCUGCGUCCCUCUCCGCAGCAAACGGCGGAAAUACUUCUUCCAGUGCGUGGAUGGCUCCACCUUCACGGAAGAACUGGAGAGACACGUGGAAUGCGGCUGCUCAAAAUGCUUAUAAAGCCAUUCUCCAGUCUCCUGCCACUUUAAUCGACUCAGAAGCGCUAUCAAAACGGGACCUAUUUACUUGCAGAGUGAAGAAGAAGAAAAGAAUUAUUAAGUAUAUUGUAAAAUAAGCAAAAAAUAGAACUUAUUUUUAUUAUGGAAAGUGACUAUUUUCAUCUUUUAUUAUAUAAAGUAUCGCACCACUUUGGGUAUAUGUAUCAUAUAGUGAGCUAUUUUUACCAUGAAACUUUUUUAACAGUUGUAAGAAAAAAAAUUUCAAAAGUUAAAAGUUAAAAAAAAAAUAAAUAUAUAUAUAUAUAUAUAAAGAAAACAUAGCCUAACAGGAGGAAUGUGGGGUGACUUUAUAUGUAUGCACAAUGAACAAACCUAAAGGUGUUCCAAGGACCCUCCGCCGAACUGACACGGGCUGAAGAAAUCUCCUGGUUGGGUCUCCCAAGCGAGUGGAUCCCUCUGUGACCAACUGCAGCCAUCUGCCUGCUCUGGCACCCGGAGAGCCUCCCCUCAGCCCCUUGCUCUGCCCAACACUGCCAACCUCGGUUUGCUCCUGUACAGUGGCCCCACUUGCUGUUCGUGAACUUGUUCCCCAGAGCACACAGGCACUGCCGUAGCUGGAGGCUAAUUACAUUAUUUGACUAUUGUAGUACUAUAAUACAUUUUUUUGCUGUGUAUGUUGUAUUUAUCUGUGUUCACGUUAUAUUCUUGAGCAACUGUAUCUAUAGAGCACAGGCAGCUUUAUCCAGAAGGAGGGCGCGAAGGGAAAAGGAAGUGGGGGAAAUUUAUGUUGCUUUGGGUAAUUUGGGGGGCAAAAUGUGAAAAUAAGUGCUAAGUGAUGCCUAAUAAAUGACACAGUACUUUUGUGUAAA